AUGCCUGAAGCAGAGCAGAGACAUCUGGAUCUGAGUCAGAAGAUUAUCGAGGUAGCAGCGACACGCUUAGACGCUUUGUCGGGUACCCAGAUCGAUGAGCACAGAAGACAGGGCUUCACUACUGAGUACUACAUGCUGCGAGUCUAUCUGGUGGUUGUCAUGAAAGCAUUAUGGAUGUGUGCUAUGAACAGGGUGCUCAAGCACUUUCAAACUGCCAGUACGAAACGGCAGCACGAUGGCUUGAAAGAGCUUUCGACUCUUAUCGAUCAGAGAAGCUUUGAUGCUCUCGUUCUUCAGCUCGAAAUUCUCUGCAAAGAUGGGAUCCUGGACUAUGAUGAAUAUGGCGAAACCCUCGAUGCCACUCUUGCAGCUAUGAGGCUAGAAGAAGCUGAAAUCAAGAUGUAA